GGACAAAUAUUCCUAAUAAGGUAAAGUACUAUAAUACUUUAGAAGACUGCAAAUAUGGAGAGAAAUACCUGGAAAGAAGUCAAUGUUAAAUUUCUUUAAAAUGUCUGUUAAAUAUAUGAUUUUAUGAUUUUGAGUAAUGUCUUUUUUACACGUUCGAAGUUUUUAUAUCCGCUUUUAUAAAGAAACAAAAUAUCAACGAUAAGAACUAUUUAGGUAUCUUUUUUAAUCUCUUAGCGCUAUAUAUUCUCUCUUAUAUUAUCCAAUUUUUGCUCUUUGUCUCUCUCUCUCUCUCUCUGUCUCUCUUGUAUUUCAUGUUUUUUAGAAUUAUUGCGUAAAAAUUUGUAAUUAAAAUAUUAAUUAUGCAAUAAUCAUAUCGUCACUGUCGAUCAAUAAAAACAUUAAUAUACAUGAAUGACCUUCUUGACUUUAAAUCCAGACUUCAUUAUUUCUAUUAUUGUUAAUGGCUAUAACAAAAUUACAAAUGUAAAAUAUUAUUUGUCGCUUUUGUGGUGGGGCUUACGAAAUUAAUAUUAAAUACUUAUUUCCAUUAACUUUAAAUGUAUUUCUUUGCCCACUUUAGUCAUUUAUAAUCUUUUAGAUAGGCAUUAUAUUACUCGUUAUUGCUUCUUUUAUGUAUCUAGUGAGAAUAAAACUAAUGAUUUAUUAUUUUUCUUUCUGAUUCUAAAAUGGAUUUAUUAAAAAAAGUAUAUCAAUAUAUCGUAGGAUACGAGGACCCACGAGUAAAAGAUUGGAUAAUCUAUUCACCUUAUACAAUCGUAUUUAUUUUAUUAUGUUAUUAUUUCUUCGUUUUCGUGUUUGGACCGCGGUAUAUGAAGAAUAGAAAUCCAUAUUCGUUAAAAACUUUUAUUAAAUAUUACAAUAUAUUUCAAAUUAUAAUGAACAGUUUUAUUGUGUAUAAAUUAAUAAAGGGCGGUUGGUUUACCAGCCUUUCGAUAUAUUGCGAACCUAUCACUUAUAGUACGGAUCCUGUCAAAUUAGAGUUGUUAAAUGGCUGCUGGUGGGCGAUGUUACUAAAACAUAUUGAUCUAAUAGAAACAGGAGUAUAUGUGCUCCGAAAGAAAAAUCGACAGAUUUCAUUUCUGCAUUUGUAUCACCAUAUCUCAACAGUGUUCAUCGGUUGGAUGUUUGGAAAGUAUUAUUCCGAUGGAAUGGGCACAUUUAUUCCUUUAGUGAAUUGUAGUGUACACGUGAUAAUGUAUACAUAUUAUUUUCUUAGUACAUGUAAUUCAAAUAUCAAAAAUUUCACUAAUCAAUAUAAAUUUUUAAUUACUAUCAUUCAAAUGAUACAAUUCAUAAUAUUGAUUUGUCACCUCAUGCAAACGCUUUCACCGAAUUGUAAUUAUCCUAAAAUUCCUGGUCCGAUCGUAAUUUUUAAUUGUUUUAUUAAUUUCAUAUUAUUUUAUAAUUUCUACAAGAAAAACUAUUUAAUUGGGAAAGCGAAACAGAAUUAAAUUAGUAAAUAUUGCAUAUUUACCUAUCUGAAUUAUGUAAUAUGAAUAUUUUUUGAUAGGAUAUACAAUAAAUAAUAUUAUUAAUAUAUAUAUAUAUAUAUAAAUAAUUAAAAUUAUAAAAUAUAUUAAAUAAUAAAUAAAGAGUUCAAUUUUUUAUUUGUCUGCGAUUAAAUAUGACAAAUGAUAUGUCUCGAAAGGAUAAAUUAAAGAGAAAUGUAAUAGAUAAAUAAGCAUGAAAUCGAACGAAUCGAAAGAUGUAAUAUAAAAAAUAAUAAUUUCAAA